AUGAGCGAGCCGCAGAGAGGUGGAGGUAUCUCUGCCAUCUUCGUUCACGUAGGAGCGGGAUAUCACGGCCAUGGAAAUGAGAGAGCUCACCUGGAAGUAUGCGAAAAUGCCUGCAAAGCCGCAAUGGGUAUUUUGAAAAGCGGUGGAUCAGCUCUGGAUGCCGUCGAAAUGGCCAUCAUUGUAAUGGAGGAUGACGAGAUGACAAAUGCUGGCUACGGAAGCAACUUGACGAUUGAAGGAGCUGUCGAAUGUGAUGCGACUAUUGUCGACCACCAUGGAAGAAGCGGCGCAGCUGGAGCCGUCUCGCCGCGAAUGCUACUCGAAACCUCUGCAAAGGCCUUAACUUGCCACAGAGUGCCACCAAGCUUCCUCGUUGGUGAGGGUGCAACGGACUUUGCUUAUGAGCAAGGGUUGGUCAUACUGCCUCCUGACGGCCUCAUUUCGCGCUAUUCGAAAGAGAGAUGGCACCGCUGGCUGCAGGAUCUUGAGGCUGCUGAACUGGCCGAAAGGAAACGGGAUCCUGCGCGUUUUCGCAUGGAAGAAGAUAGAGCAUCCUUCCUUCGUCGGCCAAUGUUGAAUCGUCAUCCAGCCCGCCUCAUUGACAAUACUCGUUUACGCCCACAUGUACCCAACUCUCCCUUUACCGGAGUCGACUUGCUGAACCCUCUUCCUCGUCCCCAGGCUCCUGCACCACCAACUAUGGCUCCAAACCAUGGACAGAGCAUGGGUCCUGCAAGUGGACAAUCUAUGGCUGCUACCAGUGGGCAAUCCAUGGCUGCUGCAGGUGGACAAAAUAUGGCUUCUGCACCUGGGCCAGGUAUGGCUGCCUCAACCAAUACCAAUGCAGAUGGUGCGACUUCCCGAGCAACCCCUACGACAGCAUCUGGUGCCCCUGUCACUACCUCCGUGAAUGCUCAUCCAGGUGCUGCAGAUGAAGACGAAGAUAUGAUCAACGAUACCGUCGGGGCUAUAGCCGUAGACUGUUAUGGCAAUAUUGCAGCAGGUUCUUCAUCUGGUGGCAUUGGCGCGAAGCAUCGCGGUCGAAUCGGGCCUGCCGCGCUGGUGGGCAUCGGCACCUAUGUGAUUCCCGUAGACCCCAGCGAUCCCGAACAAGCAUCCGUGGCUUCGGUUACAUCGGGCACAGGCGAGCACAUUGCUACAACUAUGGCCGCGCAGACGUCAGCUUUAAGACUCUACUAUUGUCAAAAGAAGCGUAUGGACGGCACCUUUGAAAAGGUCUCCGAAGAUGAAGCUAUGAAUGCGACAAUAGCCACUGAGUUCAUGGAGCAUCCCGGUGUGAAAGCGAGCCCUUGUGGAGGCGCUAUUGGAAUCUUGACUGUCAAAAAGACAAAGGACGGAAUUUUCUUCUACUUUGGUCAUAAUUCUGAUUCUUUUGCUCUCGCUUCCAUGAGUAGUGAGGAUAGGAAACCGGCGUCUGUGAUGUCUCGUAACCAGGGAAAUUCGACUAUUGCUCAAGGUGGCCGCGCCUAUCGGGCCAGAAAAUAA